GUCACUACAACCGAGGUCACAGGCCAUGCCGUCAGCUAUGAUAUGUUGGUUGGUCACAAUUGUGCCGCCACCGCCCUUGUUGACCCACGCUUUGAGCCCAUCCACAUUAAGCAAGGCAGGGAAAGUGCACCCGAGUGAGUAGAGAGUAAGACUGAGCGAUAAUGAGCGGUGAAAAAGGAAACCUGAAGAGGAGAGACGUGCUGUGUUCUUUUUGUUUUCUGUCGUGCCUGGUGGGCAAUGAUUUGUUUUCAGCCUUCGGGAUGCCCACCAAAACAAACAAACAGCUUUGGAACACCUCACGUAAUGUACGCAGAGAAUCUGGCAGCAAAGAGCGCCUAUGUAUCCUUUUGGCGGCCACCUGCUGGGAGGGAUCACUUGCUUGCUUGUUUGGUUGUUUGCUUGUUUUUGUUUGGUUUUGUUAGUUUAGUUUAUAUAGUUUAGUUUAGUUAGUUAGUUAGUUUGGUUCGUUGGUUGGUUGGUUGGUUUGUUUGUUUGUUUUCUUUUUUUUGGUGCUUGUUUUUUCUUUGGUGGUUGUUUGUUUGUUGGUUUGGUUUGGUUUGGUUUUGUUUGUUCGUUUGGGCUUGUUUGGUUUUGUUUGGUUUGGUUUGUUUUGUUUUGGGUUGGGUUGGGUUUAGUUGGGUGCCGAAUUGGAUUGCGCCCAGCAGGAAUCAUAAGACUGCAUGCCUAUGAGUUGAACACAGGCUUCCUUCUGACACUUGCCGGUUAUAUAGUUCCUGAGCCUUCCGCGUUUUUGUGCCAUGCCCGAAGACCAGGGGGGUCAUGACCCGUGGCGGCAAGAAGCUGUGCAAAUGCAAAAGGAUGACCCGGAACUGACAAUUUCCCAGAUCGCAGCGAGGUUGAACAAGCCAGUGAAAACUGUGAAGAGUGCUUUGGCCAAUGCCAGGAAAAAAGAGGCCUUGGCCAAGUCCGAGAAGGGUUCGCAAGGCUAUUCAAAGGAGGGCAGAAAUGACAAUGACAAGGCAAAUUUGUUGCCCUACCAGAUAGCUCCUAUUCCAGGUAAAGGCCUUGGACUUGUGGCUACUCGCAAGAUUUGCCGUGGAGAGCUCAUAGUUCAGGAAAAGCCGGUGCUGACAGCUUCUGGAGGUCUGGUGGGGUUUGCACUCAAGCAGCUCCAAACGCAAUUUGACCAGCUCAGCUCUUCAGUGCAAGAUGAGAUUAUGGUUUUGUAUGAUAAACAUGCACCUGAUGGAGUUGGAAAGACCCUUUCUGGAGUGUUUUCAACCAAUGCCUUGCCGCAGGGGGUGGGCUCGCCAGAUGCAGCACUGUGCCUUGUGAUCAGCCGAGCCAACCACUCUUGCAUCAGCAAUGCCUACCACGGUUGGGUGGACGGACGUGAAAGGCUGUACUGUGACACAGACAUAGAAAGUGGCGAAGAGAUUUGCACAAACUACAUCCAGUGGCAUAGGACCACCAUCCAACGGCAAGAUGCAUUGCAAGCCCAAUUCGGCUUUUUGUGUGGGUGUCCCGCUUGCAUGGAAGAAGAAACUUUGCGCAAGAAACAUGAUGCAAUUCGCUGUCAGAUCGGGGAGUUGGAUGAAGCCAUUCCAGAACUUGCAUUUUCACCUAGCAAAGCAGUCGCUUUAGUGGAAAAAGUGCUCGGAUUGUAUGAGCAGCUUGGCAGACCUGUUCCACAUGCGGCUGAACAACGACAUUGCUAUGACGCAUUUCAACUGUCACUUUCAGAGGGGAACAUGCAGGCAGCGAAACGAUGGAUUCGGCGAGCAUACAACGCCAGUGUGGUCACAGAUGGAAUGACUUCCCCAGGAACUUUGAGGUUUCAGCGAUUCAUGAAAAAUCCUAUGAGCAGGAUGCAAGAUGGGCCAUGCGUUUAGAGUCUACAGUGAUGAAGUCUAUACAUAAACAUGUGCGUUGAUGAGGUGAGCUGCGGACUACAAAUUGGCGCUUGAAGAUGCAGUUCGCUUCUACCGGCACUAUUGGGUACUGUCAUUAUGUUCCUAUUGCUGCAAUGCCAAGGGCCCAUUCAUUUCGUUCAUUCCCUGCUUUUGGGUGCUUCUCGAGAAAUUCCCAUUCCAUGUUCAACGGGAUCCAUUGGGACUUUUCUAAGCCAAAAGGCGCUGAGGAAACUCUUUCUUUGAUCUCUUGAAUCCAUGUUCGUAGGCACGGUGAUAUGUUUAAAAACUGUGUACUGUAUAUGUAGCCCAUGGAAUAGGUACCAAUCAAGUUGUUCCAGG